AUGUCGGAAUUUGAACGCAAAGUUUCACGCAAUUUGCAGUGCCCCAUUUGUUUCGAGCUGCUUAGUGACCCGAAGCAGUUAUCGUGUACACAUACUUUCUGUAAGAAAUGCCUUAAUUAUAUUCUUAAAAGUUCUUCACAUACUUUUCUAACAUGUCCCAUCUUUCGAAGAGAAACACCUUUAAAGGGUGGCAAUGUCUCGAAUCUCAAUACUAAUGUUCCUCUCAAGUCUCUCAUUGAUGAUGUGAGAAAUAGCCAGCAAGUCUGUGAAAUGUGCGACUCAAACUCGAUAGCUGUAUAUUUCUGUUGUGAGUGUGGUAAGAACGGGUGUAACACAUGCCUUGAGAUUCACAACAAAUGGCCGACUCAUGAAAAGCAUAUAGUUGUGAGAGUAGAAGACGUCAGAGAAGGAAGGGUAGUCCUCGAAGGAGAGGUUUACUGCCAAGAACACAAAGCAGAUAAACAAAAACACCGCUGUACUGAUGUGUGUACCACUUGUAAGAAGUUCAUCUGCUUGAGAUGUAGGUUGCUGAGUCAUGAGAAUAAAGGUCACACAGUUCAGAAUACCGAGGAAUACAAUGCUUCUACCAAGACACAAAUUGUAUUUCUACAAGCCCGAGGUAAAACGAAAGUUACAACCAUCAAGAAUCACGUGACCUGCAUCAAGACUCGGAAGAAGCGUGUCACUGAUCACUUUGCCGCCAAAAAGGCUGAAAUCAACAAGCAGGAAGAGAAAAUAUGUAACAGAUUGGAUGAGAUGCAAGAUGUUGAUGAGAGGUUGAUUACGAUAAUUGAGAGUGCGAGUGUGUUAGCGGGUAAAAGCAUAAAGGCUCCAUUAGAAGGUGAUAUCAUUGUCAUUCGUGAUACAUUGUAUGGAGAGCUGAAGAAUGUAUUAGAUAGGGAAGGUCCAGAGAAUAAGCUGGCUACGGAUGUAGCUGACCGUGCAGAGCAAAUAACAUUGACACCUAAAUGUGAUCAGUUGCACAUUCAUCAGCUGCUGAAGGAAGCAAGCGUUAUGGCAAUAUUCCCAGUCUUUCUGAUCGUCGUUUCAUGUAUACUGUUCACACCUAGCAAUCGAUCUGAUCAGUUGAACAUUGGUGAGGUUAGGGUAGUGAAAUGUGUGUCUGUAUGUGAUGUAGAACUCUCUAAGAAAGGCAACAUGAAUGACAUGGCUGCUACACGCGAUGGUAGGAUGGCAGUGGGAUACCACACAGGAGGAAUCGAUAUCUUCUCUGCUGAUGGUCAGCUGCAGAAGACAGUCCUCAAGGAUGUCGGUAUCCGUAGAGUAGGAUACCUGUCUGAUGGUCGGUAUGUCGUACUGAAUAGCAGCAAUGUUAUCAUACUGUACACAGAAGAGUCAGAGAAGCUGGAUGUACGGUUUGAUAAUCUGAGUGAAGAUGGAGGUGAAACUAGUCUCACUGUAGACAGUAAUGAUUUGAUCUAUGUCGGCUACUCGAACCUCACAAAGAUCCAGGUAUACUCAUCAGCAGGUGGGAAGGCGAUCAGGGAGAUACCAUGCAAUGGGUAUAUACCUGGGCAGAUCACUAUUUAUAAUGAUUUAUUGAUCCUCGUUUAUGGUAGAACAGUAACAAUAAUUGGUAAAGAUGGCAAUGUAAAACACAAGGUAAAUAAUUCAACCGCUAGCGCAUAUGUUGCUGUGACUCAGAAAAAAUCAAUCCUGAUCGCGUGGGUCAAGCACUAUGAUGGGUUGGUUAGUAUCGAUGAGUACACCAACGAGCUCAAAUACAUCCAGACUCUCAUCUCUGAUCACAAGAUUGAGAAAACUAAGACAAAUUGGUUCUUUCUCCGCGAGCUACGAUCAGGGGAGAUUGCUUUCUGUACUCCUGAUAGACUCGAUAUAUUCAAACUAUAA